AUGCCCCAGCAAGCUACAGCUCUCACAUGUACCUUGAACAACGGAAUACAUUUUGUCACUACUCCAGAAAUCCGUCUAUCCAAAGAUCCGCGCAUCGACCAAGAGUUUGAGCUGAUUGAACACAGCAAGCUGGAGUUCACGCUUACCCUCAAAGUCCGUCGUGAUGCACACAUCAACGCCCAAUCUCAAGCUCUUGUGCCACCACCUGCGCCUCCUGUGCAACCCACGAUAUCCGCACCCAAGUCUAGGGGUGGCAUGCUCAGCUUCUUCUCAUCAUCACCUAAAAAACAACCUCGUGCGACACCCCCUCCACCUACCCCUCCUUUUAAACUCCCAGAUAAUCUCGCGCGGUACCUAAAACAAGAUGGAACCCUCGCACGUGCAUUAAUUUCCUUCAAAGAUGUAGCUGCGAGAUGUGAUACUCGACUAUUCGAGACUAGUUACCCACUAAUUGGACAGCGCAUUGAAGCUUCAGGGGGUCCAACUACUAUGGAGUUGGGAGAGAUCGUGUUACAGAUGUUUAGACUUCCACCUCUACCUGGCGUUCUGAGCAAUCAGCUUCCGCAGAGUCUUGAAGAAUGCCAUCGAGGUCUAAGACAUGUCGCCUGGCAUAAAGUCACGUACUUUGAGGGUACGCUGACGCAGAAUGGAGGAGAUUGCAUGACAUGGCGGCGUCGACGACUUCGGGUGAUCGGCGCGAACCUUGUUGCAUUUAACGAUGUCACCAAGAAGGCAACAGCUACCAUCAACCUCAAGAAAGCCAUUGCGGUCGAAGAUAACCAAGAUACACGUACGAGCGCUGUCAGUCCAGGAGCUCGGUCCGUAGAUGAUUAUGACGGGAUGUUCGCGGUUGAGCGUUCCUUCCGUCUCAUAUUUCCCGGAAAUCAGGAAAUAUUUUUCUUUGCGGACACGGAUGACGAGAAGGCGAAGUGGCUUGAUGUAUUCCGUGCGCUCGUCGGUCACAUCCCGCCGAAUCCCUUAUGGGCAGAAUUAAUAUGGCAACGACAGCAAGAGAUGGCGAACCAAGCCCCUACGCAGAUGUCUUCUCCGAAGCCAUUGAAAAGCCCCCGAUAG